GCCUGCGCCUGCGCUGUGCGAACCGACCGGCCUCGAACGCCCCGGCGGGAGGUUUUUCUAUAUGAGUGGAGAAGAGAGUUAUUGCAAGUGGAAGUAACACAACAUUAUUUUAGGAUGUCUGAAGAUGAAGAAAAAGUGAAAUUACGCCGUCUUGAACCAGCUAUCCAGAAAUUCACCAAGAUAGUCAUUCCAACAGACCUGGAGAGGCUAAGAAAGCACCAAAUUAAUAUUGAGAAGUAUCAACGGUGCAGAAUCUGGGACAAGUUGCAUGAAGAGCAUAUCAAUGCAGGACGUACAGUUCAGCAACUGCGCUCCAAUAUCCGAGAAAUGGAGAAGCUUUGUUUGAAAGUCCAAAAGGAUGACCUGAUACUUCUGAAGAGAAUGAUAGAUCCUGUUAAAGAAGAAGCAUCAGCAGCAACAGCAGAAUUUCUCCAACUCCACUUGGAAUCUGUCGAAGAACUUAAGAAACAAUUUAAUGAUGAAGAAACCUUAUUACAGCCUCCUUUGACCAGAUCCAUGACUGUUGGUGGAGCAUUUCACAAUACUGAAGAUGAAGCUAGUUCUCAGAGUUUGACUCAGAUAUAUGCAUUGCCUGAAAUUCCUCGAGAUCAAAAUGCUGCAGAGUCAUGGGAAACCUUAGAAGCGGAUUUAAUUGAACUUAGUCAACUGGUUACUGAUUUCUCUCUCCUAGUGAAUUCGCAGCAGGAGAAGAUUGACAGCAUUGCAGACCAUGUCAACAGUGCUGCUGUGAAUGUUGAAGAGGGAACCAAAAACUUGGGGAAGGCUGCAAAAUACAAGCUGGCAGCUCUGCCUGUGGCAGGUGCACUCAUCGGCGGAGUGGUGGGGGGUCCGAUUGGCCUCCUUGCAGGCUUCAAAGUGGCAGGAAUUGCAGCUGCACUUGGUGGUGGGGUGUUGGGCUUCACAGGUGGAAAAUUGAUACAAAGAAGAAAACAGAAAAUGAUGGAGAAGCUCACUUCCAGCUGUCCGGAUCUUCCCAGCCAAACUGACAAAAAGUGCAGCUAAAAACCAAAUUUCAGUAUUAUUGGCACCAAUGUAUCUAUCCUAACAAGCACCUUGCUGCUGUGGACACACAGCUUUUGGAACAUCACGUAUCAAGGCAGUGGCUCUAGAUGCCCAAGUGGAAUUGAAGCGUGUUAAGUGAUGUAUUUUGUUUGCUGGGUGUUGUUGAUGUAGAAAUCGGGGAGCCUGGCUGAGUGUGUAAUGUCUGUGGGGUCAAGUUUAAAGACGGUCAAGGUGCAGAUUUUCUGCCUAGAAAUGUGAAAACUGAAUCUGUAACUCCGAAAAGAACUUAAGAUGUGUAGAAAUGAACUGCAGACCCUAAGGUUAAGUGUACUUGUAGAUUAUUUAGGCCUGAUAUCUAGGGAAAGAAUGGGAGUUCAGGAGCCUUUUUAUCAGAAGCCUUUUUAUCAGUUAGGGAAAUCAGGGCCUCACAAGGGGCAAAGGUGAGCUACAUAAUGGAGCCCAUUUGGUGAACAAAAUUGCAGUUUGAUCCAAAUAUAUUUUCUGGUGAAGGAAAUUAGUAGUAUAAGGAAAUGGAAAGAGCAGCCCAACUUCUCUAAGACAUCUUAAUUUGUGACUGCUGCUUUUCUGAAUUCUGCCUUGAGUCUCAGUUGGCAGGAGACUUAGCCAGCCACCACACUCACUCUGUCAUCCUUCUGUAAUGCCUCAAAGUCUAGAGCCCUUUGCUGUCCCUUCCUCAUAAUUUUGGAAAGCUCUUUGGUUUGUGGGGUGAAUUCCGCCCAUGAUUAGUGAAGGCUUUUUUCAUAAUCUGCCUUUUUCUAUCAUUUCCUGUUUUUAUCCACCCUUUCCUAUAAUCUCUUAAAUUUUAAAAAAAGAAAAAGAAAUUUCUAAGUAUUUCCAACAUGGUUAGAGUUUGGCCUAAAAAUGAGCAGAGGGGAAAAGAGCAAGACCGUAUCCUGGGGCACCUUCUGAUUCCAAGGGGCUGAGGUAGCCGCCACACAGAGGGUUCUGACUCAUCCUUUUUCCAGGUGGCCAUUGGAGGACACUCUCUACCUUGGUGGCUAGCACACCCCUUUUCCUGACUUUGCGUUGUCUGUGCGUUCCUUCACUUUCCACAGCUGCUGUUUCUUCCCAAGAAUGGUGCUCAGGCUGACCUUUGUUCACAUUCUAGAUGAUGACAGCCCAGUGCCAAGCCUCAGACCCAGUGAAGGACUUGUGGUGCUAAUGCCAACACAUUGACAGCAAGCCUGGUCCAGCCCAACCCCACAUCUAUCUCCAACAGCAUAGAGGUUUUAAAUCUAGAAAAGAAGAAUUUAAAAUUGCAGGCAGCCUCACUCUCUACUGUGAACUCGUUUGAAAUAGGAAGGAACUGCUUUUCUGCCUUGCUCUUUACUCUUUUCUGAGGACACAAUGGGCACCUGCACCCCAAAAGGUGUAGGCAGUCUCUGCCCAGGAGUCCAGGUUCAUCAGGGGCUUGAAUGAUUAUCACUUAGCUUUUCUCUUGUUGAGUUUACCUUUCACUUCUGUGUCUAGCUAGGGAUCUUUCUCUUCCAUACUUUUUGAAUUUCAGCAAUAAAUUCCAGUGAGACAAAGCACCAUUCAUGAUUAUCAUUAAUGAAGCAUCAAAUGUUGUUUUCUGUUUACCUGUAUCUUUAAAAUAAUACCAAGAAAGAAAGAAAUAUUUUACAUAAUUGUCAGAUUAUGAUCCAGUAUCUGAUAUUGGAUACGUGUAAGGUUGUUUUAAACUCCACCUUUUUUCUAUUCUCUGGUUCUUGCUACCCCUUUAACAUAACCUAUUCAAAUUUGAACAGGAUCAGUGCUCACCCAAAUAUUUUUAAAAAGCUUUUUAAUUAAUUUAUUUUUUGGUACUGGGGAUUGAACCCAGGUGUGCUUAACCACUAAGUUACAUCCCCAGCCUUUUUUAAUUUUUAUUUUGAGACAGGGUCUUGCUAAGUUGCUGAGGCUGGCCUCAAACUUGUAAUCCUUCUGCCUCAGCCUCCCCAGGAGCUGGAAUUACAGGCAUGAGCCACGACACCCAACACUAAAACAAGCUUUUAAAACUCAGUUGCAGGGGUGAUUUCUAAUAGGGCCAGUACAGCUAGUCGGCUAAAAUGAUAAAUGUAGAUAGAGUUAUAUCAAGAUUCAGUGGUGUUAUUCGAUUCUAUAAUUUCCAGAAUUCCUCCCUUCUUCAUCACUGCAUAGUACUCUACUCUGUCAUCCCCAGAUUGCCCAUGCUUCCCACACUCCAUCUUAGGGGCAGGGUCAGGGACUCUAAAGGACCUAAAGAAGAGAGGAGGCCUGUAUUUGUAACUCGCGUUUUAUUUUGGAAUUUUUCAUUUUUACUGAGCUAGUGUGGGACCCCAUUGUACUCAGAUAAGCCUCUAACUUUCACCGCUCAUCAGGAUUGGAAUAUCACUCUGUCUUCGUGCUUUGUCAAGGUAGUCAUUUUUUAAAAGCUUUAUUAAGAUUAUUUAGAAAUUCUAUCUCAUUUUCCCAUAAUAGAACACAAUAGUCAACUUUUUAUAGAAAUUAACUAUAAAUGAUAUAAAGUAUUUAUAAAUAAGUCAGUGACACAGAUACCAAUCUUAAAAUUGAAUUUAAUGCUGUAUAGUGUCAGAAAAUUUAUCUUCUCUAUGAUUUAUUAUUUAUUGUAACAAGUUAGGAAUGCUUUGAUUAAGAUCUGAAAAUUGGUAGGGGCUCAUUGGAAUAAAGGCAGCACAUAACCUGAACAUUUCUCUGUAGAGCAGAGAUUGAAACUUUUUGGCUGUAACCCACAGUAAAAAAUGCAUUUGUAUCAAAACAGCCUAGACAUGAUGAAACAUUAUUUGCUAUUAUGCACAAGGCAUUUGGAUCAUUAUUUUUAAAAUAUGCCAGUUGCAACCCACUAUACUACUUCAUAAUCUACAAAUGGAUUGUGAUCCUUGGUUUGAUAACACCCUUUUGGAAAAAGAGUAAUACUCUUCAGAAAAGAGUAUUCAGUAAACUCUUUGCCAGGCAGACUUAACUAGGCAUUUUAUAGGGGGGACAACUGAGCCUUGGAGGAAUGAAAUACUUUGGAGAGGGUUAUUCAGCCACAAAGGGUGAAGCCAGGAUGUAAAUGUGACUGGUGAGCUACAGAAACUUCGAUAUGCUGCCUCUCAACAAAACUGGUCACCUAUUCUGCCUCACCCAGAUGCCCAUGUAUUCUGUAAUACAAACUUGGAAUUGCUGUGCCAUUUAUUGGCACCUUUGUCCUUAGCCUUCUGAUUCCCAUCAAGUGUCCAGAAGCCUCAAAGUCUGUAAUGGCAGCUGUUGCAGAGGUACAUGGUGCUGAAUUUGGUCCUCAGGCUAUAAAAUUAAGAAUGCUUCCAUACCAUUCACACACCCUACAAAUUACACUCAUAGGUUAUAAUCAUUGUUCAAAGUGCUUUUUCUUUGAUUUUAUAAUAAAAUUCUAAAACAAAUAUAACUCAGAAUCAAAUCAUUGCUUUAAAGUGAUGCCCUUGGGAAGCCAUCACUUACUGUAGUGAUGCUAUUAUUACUUAAGUUACUUUUAAACUUUUCUUUUGGAGUUGACUCUGAAGCCAUCUUCAUUUUUAUUAGUCAUAGGCCAUUUGCCCUUGUUCUUGGGUCCUCGCCUCUCUUCCUGGCUUGACUUUCCCGUACAGGGGCUGCUUACCUAAGGAUGCCCAGAAUGGGGCUGUGCUGGUACUGCCGAUAACUGGCCAAAGUAGCCAGUGCAAGGACUUUGAGGUUAUACUGAAACUGGUGCUAACAGGGAGAAUACCAGGAGACCAGAAACCUCCCUGUGGCUGCCUGCACCCAUGAGUGCUGUAGGUUGUUUGCACAUGAGUAAGGUCUAAAUGCAGGUAAUAACUGCUCACCAGAGGUUGAGGAAAUCUGUAAUAUAAAUAUUUAGCGUACACUGUUUUCCUCCUGUGAAAGCACAGAAACCAAACCGUGCUUUGGGUUUACCGUGCUGUAAAAAUGAAAGGUGUUUCUCAGGGUCCCAGCCACCCUUCCUUGCUGCCCGAGGACCCUUCAGGAGGAUGCAUGAAAAGCCUAGGAUAAAGGUUCUCCUGUGAUAUGGGAUGUGUUCUCAUCAAAGUAGAAGGUGGCUGUGACUCUUGGUGCUUAUGUUUUUUUUUUUUUUUUUUUUUUUAAACUGUGUUUCUAGUAGGUGGUUCUCACAUUUAUGUUAACUUGACCCCCUUGCAUACAUAAGCUUCUUGGGUGUAGUAGACAAGCAAUGGUGAAGGAUGCACACCGUACCUAUAUUGCUACCCUCAAAGAAAUUAGUUUACUGUGACAAAAAAAAAUACAUUGGUGCAAUAUUAACAGAAUACAUACAUUGAAAUAAAAACAAAAAAGGUGUCCAAGGCAAAUGACUCCCCAUAAUCACGUAGAUAAUUUGCACAAGAGCUAGGAUCACGACCAUGGUAUGGUCUGGGGGAAAAAAUCCUCCCUAAUUAACAUGUAUCAAGCUGCCUGUUGAGACCUGUGGCCUUUCAGCUCCAUUUCAACAUUCCAGAUCAGGCAAAAAGGAAAGAAACCUUUCCCCUAGAGGAAAUGACACUCAAUUUCUUAACUCUCAACAACAAUGUCAGUCUUGUCACCUGUGCAUCUGACAGCAGAAGCCUGAGGAUUCUUCAGCAGCAUGACUACUCUAACCCUGAAUGGACAGCUCCCGUGGAAAACUUCACUUACCAGAGAAAGACAUCCAAUGGUACAUGUUUUUCAAACAAUUCUCAAGUAUUGGAGAUUUUCUUAAGAUUAAUAACUAAGUUGUUUACUUGGAUUUCAUUAGUUAAACCCCUCAAAGAUGUUUUCCAUUUUAUUGUUAAAACUUUUGGUGUUGGCAAAGGUCAGCACAAGUAAAGGUCCAAUGGUGAGAACUUCUGCCAACUUCUAAUUCUUACUGAAUUAAUUGGUCAUUUAUUAUGUUGCUGAGUGGUGCCUGAAUAAAAGAAAUUGCAAUAAAAUCCACCACAAACUUUCAGCUUAAUCCCUGUUGUGUGUUGAAUGCCAGGGCCAUAUGUCAAAAGAUAUCAGACCUACAGAAUUAAUCCUGAUCCGCCAUUUAGGCUACCUAAAGCAGUAAAUCCCAGCAAAGUACCCUAAAAGAGGAAUGGACAAAGUGACUCAAGGCCACAAGGAGUGGAGGGACUAACUGCUGGAAACGAAGGGGAAGGCUGUGGAAUGUGGGGCAUACGAGCAAUAGCCUAAGAAUGUGCUGCCUGAAGUGGGUAUGGGCUUCAAGCGGAAGAGGAGCUACAUGCGGAAGAGGAGCUGCACGCGUAAAACUUCAAAGAACACGAGAAAAACAAUGAAUUAAAUGUAGCUCGGUGAUGAGGCUGGUCAUAUGGAAAUAGACUAGGGAUAACAAAUUUGAGGUGUCCCUAGGCACUUAAGUGAGACCAUGUGUCAAAAUAAAAUAGAAAGGGCUGGGGAUGUAGCUCAGUGGUACAGUAUCCUCAGGUUCAGUCCUCACUUAUCCCCCACCCCAAAUACAAGUGUUAUGGAGAUACCUAAAAUGAAUGGAGACUUGAGAAAAAUACUAUAAUUUUAAAAUGACUUUUUAAAGAGUUAGUUAUAGCAAAGGGGGUAUGAUGACAGAUGCCUGGUAGAAGGUGUAUCUUUUUUCUUUUUUUAUCUUAGUGAAGAAUGAUAUCUAAACAUGAAAAUAUAUAACAUCUAGUUAGGAGCAGGAGAGUAAUCAUACAUUCCAGCUUAUCUGUUGUCCCAGUGAAAGUGUUACUGAUCUCCCCACUUCUCCUUCACUGUCAAGAUGUCCUGAUCUGGAUGAAAAAUUACAUGGUCACCCUAGUUAUAAGGGCAAUGACAGGUUAAGUGUGGAGUUACAAAAAAAAAAGGGGGGGGGGAGCAUCUAUGUUCUGUUUUAAAGAAAUGUAUGUAUCA